AUGAAGCCCCACAAGAGCAGCCCGUCGUCCUCCCCAAAGCGAUCGGGCGCCAUUGCCACACCUAUCAUCGUCCUGCUGCUCCUUGCGCUUGUUUCGCUCUACGACAUGGCCUUCUCUAAUCGUUACCCGCCCAUCCACCGCGUCGCGUCGUCCAUCUCCUCGUCGUCGGCGUCUCCGGCUGGCGUCGCCAGUGCCUGCGACUUCACGCGGGGCGAGUGGGUGCCGGACACCGAGGCGCCUUACUACACGAACCUGACGUGCCCGUUCAUCGACGACCACCAGAACUGCAUCAAGUUCGGCAAGCCCAGCCUCGAGUUCAUGCGGUGGCGGUGGAGGCCGGACGGGUGCGACCUCCCGCGCUUCGACGCGGCGCGGUUCUUGGAGGCCAUGAGGGGCAAGUCCAUGGCCUUCGUCGGGGACUCCCUCUCCAGGAAUCACGCCAAAUCUUUGCUCUGCCUCUUGUCCAAGGAGGCACAGCCGGUGGCGGUCAGGACGGCGCCGGAGAUCGACGUGACGGGGAGAGUCGUCCGGCAAGACUACCACUACGGCCACCACGGUUUCACCAUCUCUCUCUUCUGGUCGCCCUUCCUGGUGAAGGCCAACAUGUCGAACGCGACGCUCGGCCAGUGGGACCUCCACCUCGACACGGCGGACGCCCGGUGGGCGGCGCACAUCGCCGACUUCCACUACGUCGUCAUGUCAGGCACCAACUGGUUCCUGCGCCCAUCGGUGUACCGCGAGGGAGGGCGCGUCGUGGGGCGCAACGACGCCGCCCGCAGCGGAGCUGCCGCCGGAAACUCGACCGAGCUGCCCGUGCCCCGGGCCGUGCGCGCCGCGUUCCGCACGGCGCUGGGCGCCAUCGCGGCCAGCGAGGGGUUCCGCGGCAAGGUCAUCCUCCGCACGGUGACGCCAGCGCACUUCGAGAACGGGCAGUGGAACACCGGCGGCGACUGCGUCCGCACACGCCCGUUCCGGCGCGGCGAGCGCGAGCUUGGCGCCGUGGAGGCCGAGUACCGCGCAGCGCAGGUUGAUGCGCUCAGGGAGACGGAGGCGGCGGUGCGGCGGAACGGCGCGGACCUGCUGCUGCUGGACAUCACGGAGGCGAUGGACCUGCGGCCGGACGGCCACCCGAGCCGGUACGGCCACCCGCCCGGUGGCAGCGUCGACGGGACCUUCGUGGUGGACUGCCUGCAUUGGUGCUUGCCGGGGCCGAUCGACCUGUGGAGCGAGCUGCUGCUCCAGAUACUGCUUUCUCAACAAUAG